CAGAGAACUUAUUACCAGAGUGAAAAUGCCGCCCAAAAAGAAAGAUGGGGUGAAGAAAAGCAAGUCACCUAAGGGGAAGAAAAGCCCUGCCAUGGUGGAUGGAGUUUCUACAAAAGAGAUGAGCAAUGAGCAGUUGGAAGAGCACAUUGUGCGUCUUCGUGAAGAAUUGGACCGGGAACGAGAAGAACGUAAUUACUUCCAGAUGGAAAGGGACAAGAUUCAUGCCUUUUGGGAAAUCACACGCCGACAACUAGAUGACAAGAAAUCUGAACUGCGCAAUAAGGACAGAGAAAUGGAGGAGGCAGAAGAGCGGCAUCAGGUUGAGAUAAAGGUAUACAAACAGAAAGUGAAGCACCUGCUGUACGAGCAUCAGAAUAACAUCUCUGAACUGAAGGCAGAGGGCAGUGUGUCCAUGAAGCUGGCACAGAAGGAUCACCACAUACAGGAGAGCGUAUUACGCAAAGACUUGCGUAGUCUGCAGGUGGAGAUCAAGGAGCAGGAACUGGCCAAUGAGAUGGUGCUGAAGAACCUCAAGAUGAAACAAGAUGAAGAGAUUACUUCUCUGAGGAUUGACUUUGAAAGAAAAGUCAAAGAAAUUGAGGCCAAGUAUGACAAGAAGAUGAAUGUGUUGCGAGAUGAGCUGGAGCUGCGCAGGAAGACAGAAAUCCAUGAAGUCGAAGAGAGAAAAAAUGGACAAAUCAAUGCAUUAAUGAAAAACCAUGAAAAGGCAUUCAGUGACAUCAAGAACUAUUACAAUGAUAUUACACUCAAUAAUUUGGCCCUCAUUAACUCUCUCAAGGAACAAGUAGAGGAAAUGAAGAAGAAGGAAGACCGUCUGGAAAAGGAGAUGGCUGAUUUGCAGCAACAAAACCGUCGUCUUGUUGAACCUCUGCAGAAGGCUCGGGAAGAUGUAUCGGAGCUCACCAGACAGUUAGCCAACUAUGAAAAGGACAAGACCGCAUUAGCAAAUACAAAAGCAAGGUUAAAAUCUACAGAGAAGGAUCUGAAUGCCCUAAAAUGGGAGCACGAGGUGCUUGAGCAGAGAUUUGAAAAGGUGCAAGGGGAGCGUAAUGAUUUGUAUCAAAAGUUCACAACCGCAAUCCAAGAAGUUCAGCAAAAAAGUGGCUUCAAGAACUUGCUGCUGGAGAAGAAACUAAUGGCUCUAGGAGAAACCCUAGAGAAGAAAGAGGCGCAGCUUAAUGAAGUGCUUGCAGCCUCCAACCUAGACCCAACCGCACUUACAGUAGUCACGCGGAAACUGGAGGAUAUCUUAGAUUCAAAAAACAAUGCAAUCAAAGACCUGCAGUAUGAGCUGGCAAAAGUGAGCAAGGCACACAAUGACCUGCUCCGGACAUAUGAAGCAAAGAUGCAUGCCUUUGGAAUCCCUGUGGAUGAGCUGGGCUUCAAACCAUUUGAGAGCUUUAUAUCUGGACAAGUGUUUGGGCAAGGACCAGCUGGACUAGUGUCUGCCACUAAAUAGCACUUGUUCAAAUGUUCAUAUAUUAUUUUCCUAUGGGAGGAUAUAUUUUAAAAUUAAAAUAUAAAUGUAUUUUAACACAUAUCAAAAAUGUGUUUGAACUUAUUGAGAUCUCAAGUGUCGGUUUCUAGUAAAUAAUGUUUUGGGGACUUUAUGCAACAGAUAAAAUACAUGUUAUAUGUACAGUAUAUUCAAAUGUGAAAUAAAGUUUUAUUUAUAAGGACAUUAAUCUAGUACUCUUU